AGUCGUAAGCGAGCGGAACAGCAGCAGCAGAACAGAGCAGACGAAACCCUUUCUGGACAGUGAACCCCUGGAAUUUCACCAAUCGGUUACCGCACACACCGCACCACCAAUCUUUUCCGGGGAAAACAUACCAGAAGUGUACAGUGAAUUGAAGAGUUAGUGAGUGAGUGGUGUGUCUGUGUCUAUCUACGUCUCUGUGCGUGUGGAGGAGGUUACAUGACUUAGCUUUGGCUGGUUGCUGCGUGUCUGCUACCAGGCGGUGUGAGUCUGUGUGUGUUCCUGCUACGUCUGCUGUACGUCGGCAGCUCCAGAUAAUAAAUUCGGUGUGUGACCGACUCCGUCGAUUCGUGGUGUCGUCCACCCUCUCCUCCCACCGUCGUCUUGGUUCUGCUGACGCGAGUGGCGAUCACGGUGCUGACCGUAUUCGUCCGGUGUGUGUGACCACGCGCGUUCCGCCUCCGUCUCUACCGUAUUGUGUCGCGCCCAUCCGCCUUCGCCACGGCUCGGACAGAAUAGUGUCGUUUGAAGAUACCGUGACCGAGCGACGAGUGCAUACAUAUGUACCGAGCAGCAGCGCCUAGAUUUGCGUGAGGUGUGUUUCGGGUGCUUACGCGAAAUAGCACUGCCGCGAGCUCGCCUGCUUGCUUGCUGUACACGGUCCGUUUCGUGUCGAAGCCUUUUGGUGAAAUUACUUCUUCACUUAUGUAAUUUUCACCAGCCAGUGAUUACAGUUCGAUAGUGUGAUUUUUCUGUUUCCCUGGAAUCGAGUUAAACUUGGGUGUGAGUCCACAGGGACGACGGAUAAAACCCCUUCAGCAGAAGACCUCAUAGGUCGGCAGCUCUCCCUUGGACGAAGCAAUCUUUUUAUGGUUGGGAAGAAAAAAGCCCCUCCGUUAGGCGUGGUGUACCUUCUCCAAGGCAUUGUGAAGCAGCCAGUGUAUUAGUGUUGGUGUUGAUGGCAGCGAAAAUAUUGAAGCAGAGCUGGGGAGUCAAGUGAAGCCCCAUCCGCCAUCGGUGAUAAGAUUUUCUAAAGCCAACUAGCGAGCGAAGCCUAUUUUCUCUCGUGCAGGUGCAGCUUUAAGAAGAUUGAAAAGCUCAUGCUAUAGUGCAAGUGUCUCAAGUGUGACUCCCCGAGCAUAUUCCCACAGAAGUGAUUAUUCGAAAGUGGAUUGUUAUAACCGCAAUACCCCUCAUCCAAUACCCAGUUGCCCCCGCACAGCCAGAACAAUGGAUAAAUCCGGCGGCGGAGGAGGAGAUCCGCGUGACGCUGGACCGUCAUCAUCCAGCGCGUCGUCGUCGUCGCCUUCGACAUCUUCAACAUCGUCGUCGGCCUCCGGCAGCAGCAGCAGUUCGACGGUUCCGCUAGGGUGUGGCACCGGAUCCGGUUCCAGCCUAGCAGCAAGUGCAGCAACACCCAUCAAUGCCAUCACUCUGAACGUUACCACCACAACCGGAGGCAGCUUUUCCAUUGUCGUCGACGGGGAAAACUCGGUGGAAAACCUCAAGAAAAUUAUAUCGAAAAAGCUGAAAGUUUCCAAGGACCGAAUAUGUUUGCUGCAUCGCGAGAGAGAGCUGCACGAUGGAUCACUCAGAGAUAAUGGACUGAUGGACGGAUCUAAGUUGAUCCUCACGCCGAACGUCGAAACGGGAUUAUUGGCGCAACGUGCCGAGAAUACUGUCAUGCAGGCACUGGAGUCGCUGAAUGACAACCAAGUGAACGAUUUUUUGAGCGGGAAGUCGCCUCUUAAUUUGAGCGUUCGUCUGGGAGAUCACAUGAUGCUGAUUCAGCUGCAGCUGAGCACACUGAAUCCUUCAUCUCAAAGUUCGGGUAGCCGGUCAAAAAAUCACAAAAGCCGAGCUGCUAUUGGGACUUCCCUGACUGGAUCCAGUGCAGGAUCAAGUUUGAUUCAAGCUUCUGCUGCAUCUUCAUCUCGCAGUCAUAGCAGCAGAUCAGUCCCAAUAACAGGUUUCCGAAGAGUGACUACAACUGAGAGCACCACAACCCGCCCAAUCAUGCAGCACGUCAGUGAGGCCCAGACAUUGACAAAACAGGAGAUCGAAAGCAUCCAUAGCAUAGUGAAAAAUCUAGCCGAAAGUGAUAACCCAACGAUGGCAUCCACAAGUUCAGUUCAAUUCCCUGCUGUGCAGACUGAAUCCGCACCCAAGCCAGCAGCCUCGGAAUCACCCAUAAAAUCCCUAUCCAAUCUAGUAUCUAGCUCGAUCGAUUCAAACAUUCCUCAAGGAUGCAGCAGCAAUAACAACAGCCUGCCAGUUGGCCCAGCUUCACCCUGUUCGGAUCCCAUUACUGCAAAGCUCACCUCCUGUCUUUGCAAGCGGUUAGACGGCAACGACAAUAGUUCGUGCGAUUCCGAUUGCAGCACCCGCGAUCCCGAGCCUCAACCCUCAACUUCAACGGCCAACCUGCAUCGGACAGCCCACAAUCCCAUAUCGCGUCACAAGACAAAAAUACAAACUCUCAAAAAGCACCUUAGCUUCGACAGUUCUACCUUAGCAAAAACCGAUCCCGAUACAGUGCAACCCAUCGCUACGACCUCGGUACCUUCUUCUCCACAGCGUCCCGAACAAGUUCUACCCCAACUCUAUCCCCAAUACCUGAGAGCUCAACCUCAACCCGGCCCUAGUAAUCCCACGAAACCAGCCUCCAACAUAACCGACCCCAAUAACUUCGAAAAUCCAGCCCUAGCCGAAGCAUCCCGGAACCUUACCCAAACCCUGCGCAAACUCUCCAAACGAGUCUUCACCAACAAGGUGGGUGACGUGUCCCAGGAAACCGCCCGAAAUGUCAGCUCCGGGGCCGUCAUCGAGUCCAUGAAACACCACGGCAAAGGCAUCUACUCCGGUACCUUCUCCGGAACCCUGAACCCAGCCCUGCAGGACAAAUUCGGUCGACCCAAGCGGGACAUCUCAACAAUCAUCCACAUCCUGAACGACCUGCUUAGCGCGGCUCCACAGUGCGCUCGAUCCGGAACCAAGAUCUACUUCGAACCAUCGACCUCUUCAGCGGCUGCAGGUGGCAGCAGCUCGACAACAACGGUAGCAUCGACUUCCACCGCUGCUGGCAGUACCAGUUCGCAUCCGGGAUCGGCCUUGAUAAGCUCCGGUAGCAGCAGUUUGGUGGCUCAAACGAGUUCAGCCGCCGGUUCACACGUUACGGCCGCGGGCGGCAGUAACAGCACCGGUAGCAACGUUCAGGCUGCCGCUGUCAUGGCACCCUCCUCAUCCGCUACCUUCACCACACCGAUGGCGGCUCCCAGUCCGCGGCUGGUUUCCAGAUGUAUUCCUACUCCUAUCUACACCAAAAAGUACCCGGGCAACGGAAGCUCGGCCAUUGCAGCAUCUGGUGUGGUUCCAAAUAAUGCUGGCCACGGAUGUCUCACCUGCAAAACUCUGUUGGAGUCGGCGGCCGCCACCGGCCAGCCGUCGACCUCGUACAUCCGCUGCCAUCAUCAACACCACCACCAUCAUCAUCACCACUAUCAGCAACAACAGCAGCAGCAGCAAUCGCUACAGCAACAUAAGGUUGCGGUUUCGAAGGUUCUCUGCCGUUGUGGCCACUCGUUGACCACCGUUCCAGGGCAAACGCAACCGCUGCAAUGCCAACGCUGUGCGGCCAUCAGUGCCGCCGAGUUGGAAAACUCCAAAACCAAAUCCAAGCUGGAUAGCUUGCGGUUGAUAAUGCAACAGAAGAAGGAACGCCGCGAGGCCCGCAAACAAAAGACCGCUCCCUACACGGUACCCUCAGCGGCCUCCGUCUCAACACCGCCGCCCUCGACGGCAUCUUUAGCCGCCCCGGCAAUGGUGGCAUCGAUUCCUCGUACCCUGCUGAUGACGGGCAAUCCAGGCAGCAGCGCCAUGAUUGUCGACGAAGAAGAGGUCACGGCGGCGGCUUGUUCGUCUUCAUCUGAGACGAGUCCGGCGACGACGUCCACAAGUCAGGCGGCCAGCGGCAGCACUUCAUCAUCGGAAUCCAGUGGCGAUGGCAGCAGCACCAACACUAACACUAGCACCGCGAGCAGCACCAGCAACAAUCCGGCCACGGCAACUGCGACGGCUACUACCACUACAGCGACAGCAGCAGCCGCCGCAGCUACUGCAACAUCGACGGAAGCGGCCCAAAGCCACCAGAUCGUGGAGGAGGUUGAUACGGUAGCAUAAGUGAGUUAUCCGGGAGCGAGACAGCAUUAGCGCUACAUAAGUUUAGAAGACACCAACACCACGCCUGGCACUGUACAGGUUAUGUUGCGAGUUAGCCGCUUCAAGAAAUGGAACAAGUGUAUUGCCCCUCCAUUGAAAUGUUGCAUGAAUACGGACGGAGAGAAUUGCGGGUAGGCACUCACUCUCAUUCGGCUCUCACGGCAAAGUGAGGGCGAGAGCAAAAAAUUGCGAAGCUUGUGAGAGAAUUGUCUUUUUGCAGAGACACCUGGUGGUGAGCUCAUUUUUGAUUUGAAAUAUUUCCAACUUCUGAACCAAUUGGAAUGGAAUUAGUAGGAAAAUUAAAUAAAUUUACACGAAUAAGCAUUCAAAUUUUUUAAGAUGUGUGCCCGUGUCUCUCCGAAGGUUCUUGCACAAAUCAAAUGGUGGACUUUUGAGUAUAGACAACCAUAAUUUAAUGACAUAAAAUUCGAUUGUAAUUAUAUUGCAGAAAACAAACGAAAUCAUCAGAAAGAAAUCGGUUUAAUUACUAGCGGGUGAACAAUUUUGUACAAACACGAAUCUUAGUCAAAAGAAUUGAACAAAAAAAAAUAACUAACAAAAUAAAAUUAUUCAAUAACUUUACAAUUAUAUAGCAAAACAAAUGGUAAACAAACAAACAUAAAAGUAACAAACAGCUUACGAAAUACGCGACAGCUGUAGCAUAUUAUGAAAGAUCCCUCAUGCUAUGAUUAUAAAAAAUAACAAAAAUCUAUCUUGAUAACUAUUACUCGAUAUAAUCAGCUAGCUAUAAAAUAUCGUACACGCUAUAAAAAAAAUCCAAACGUAGUUUGAUAGGGAAAAUUCCAGCUGCAGCAGUAAAACUAUAAGAGCUCGUUUCACCGAUAAUGAAACAAAUCAAUGAGAAAGAAAAAAAACAGUAAUUUGUAAGGAUCACAAAAUCCACAUUGAAUAGGAAAAUUGAAAUGAUCUCCUGAACAAAAACAAAUUGUUGAAAAAAAACUCAGCUUAUAAUCCGCCUAUUUCGAGCCAGUUUCAUACCGUUCAAUUCCUGGAACGAUUUUGAGCUGGAACACCGAUAAAAUUUUACUGAACUAACAAUAAAAAAAAAGAAUAUCUAGCCAAUUCUGUACUAAUCGAAUCAAGGAAAAACAAAAAUUUGAUAUGAAUAGAACAAAAAUUAACAAAAUUUAUAACAAUUCGGUACUCUGGUACAUUUAUUGUAUUAACCCUUUUCCUUAAGAUUUAGCAACUACCUAACAACUUUUGUCGUCCGGAAGCUGACUUUAGUAUGUGAUAUUUUAUUCCGUUGUUUUCUUUCCGCACUAUAAAAUGACAAAAAGUUAUGCGUUACAUAAAUUCACACGUUUUCUUCGUUUUGUUUGCUUUUGCUGCACUUAUUUUCUAAAAUAAAUUGUUUUUUUUUUCCUUUAAAAGUGCUCUGUUUUCAAACCCUCUCACCCUUCAAUUGGUUGAAGUUUGUUCGUUCCUUUUACUUUGUUGUUUACUAACUUACUCUUUAUUGGGCGUCGUUUGCUUUAACAUUAUGCUUAAGUAAAUCUAAUUAGUCGCAUAAGUAGCAAAAACAAAACAAAAAUACAAAAUUCAAACGAGAAAGAUAAAAAUCCAACAAACCAAUCAACCUAUCCGACGAGUAAAAUGUGUUCAAAUUAUGUUUUGCAAUAAAUUUAGUAAUGUAAAAACAAAUCUUGGUAAGUUUUGAGAACCUGAUAAACGAAAUGAAUGGAUAAGGGGAACAAUUUGAAUCAAACGUUAGAGUCGCGUGUUUAUGUUUUGGUUUGCCUUCGUUAUUUUCCAUUGAUGGCAAACAAAACUCUUUCGUUUUGGUCAUCCUAAAUGAUCCUUUCUGAUAGCUGCAUAGAGUACAUACAAAAAACUUGCAUACAAGUUUAAUAGCAUAAAAGGUGAAUAAAUCUUUCGUAGGACGGAAAAGGCGAAUGAGAAGAUGGAAAAAAUAAGAAAGCAAAAUAAAAUAAAACUUUAUCAAAACAGCGGUAUCGGUAGCUAAGUAAGUAAAUAAUCAGAUAAAUAGAAACAAAUACACAAGCAUAGAACAAACGCGUAUAACAAAAAUAAUUGACAACUUGUCCCAAAACAAAAAAAACUAUUCUGAAUAAAUAAAAAAAACAAUAGUCAUUGACGCUGGGAUUUGUUUCAUUAUAACAGAAAUACUUAGCUGUCUGUCUAGAGUGUACUCAAUCCCAAUUCCAAAGUGAAGAAGAAGAAACAAGUACUACAAACAACUGUUUGCGUAACACACACUGAUGAAUCGUAUCGGGAUCAAUAAACAACCAUAAUAUUGCAACCCAA